AAAAUAAACAGCUGGGUUUGUUUACUUCUAUGGAUUUGAAGUCGAUCAGCUGUUGCAGGGCCGGUGUUCACAUUUACCAAAUUUUAUAAAAAUUUAAAUUAAAAAUGACCGUAAAUUUCGUAAUUCGUGCAUAUACCAAAGGAAAAACGCUCCAUCAUCUAUAUAAGCAGGCCCACUUCAGAAAUGUAUACACGACCUGCAGCAGCUCGACAAAACUUGCGCAAUCAUAUAUAACAAAUCCAACGUUUUCUAGUGUAAACUAUGCUACAAAUGCUUCAGCCAACAAAACUACCGAAUGGACAACUAUAUAUCGCCUGCCACUUAUUCGUCUUGCUGCUGGUUUUCAACGUCUAAAAAUCUAUCAAGGUUUAUUUACAACAAUUGCGUUGCCAAUUAGCUUUGGACUGUCACAAGUAGGACAUAUUUCACCCAGUUCAGUUGCUAUUGUUGGAUCCAUAGGAGUCUCAGGACUUGUGACAUUAUCGCUAUUUAGUUUGCUUAUACGCAAUUUGAUUGGUUUCAUUUAUAUCAAUAAUGAGCUUGACAAGGUGAAAGUGGCUUACGUGGAUUUCUGGGGCAAGCGUUGUGAAUCCAUUAUUGACAUUAAUGAUUUGGAUGUUGAUUGGUCGAAAGCGCGUCCCACGGCCUUUAAUAUCUAUCAGAAAAUUCGUUUGUAUAGUGACAAAAAUCAGAUGUAUAAAUUAAUGCUAAACUACGGCGUUAUUGUUGAGCCGCAAACUUUUACGGGUAUUUUUGGCGAGUGAAGUUACGUUAUGAAAUUAUAAUUAGGGCAAACAAAUUGUUAAAACCAUAGUAGCAUUUUACAUUUUUUCUAUGUAAUAUAAUUUAUUUAAGAAUGUCAUUAAAGAAAUGUAUAAUGUGUUAUAGUCAUUAUUUAAUAUCCAUUCAAGAAAACAACAGAAAUGGAAAUGGUGGUUGUACUCAAUAAUAAUGGGUUUCAAAUAGCUACGCACACUUACAAUCGAAGUAGUUAGUGUCAUAUUUUUCAUUGAUGUCGUCAUAUGUUUAGCAUCAAAUUUUGGUUUCAUUAAAUGGAAAGUUGUCUGAGGGUUAACCGUGCUUACUAGAUGUUACCCACAGAGCUUUUGAAAUUGUUUUUGAUUAUAAACAGCAUCGACUCACCUACUUCGUAAUUAAAUCAACGGUGAUCUUACCAACCUGCCAUGGAUGUCCGUUCUUGGUUGCUCCCAUUGAACCCUAGUAAACCAAAAGUUACAAGAGCACUUUCAAAGAAAAUUGAUUUCCGAUACCCUUCGGUGUAAUUCCAAGUACCUCAGUGGAGCUAAUUAUGGAUGGCUUAUGUAAUUUUUGUUAUUCGACCACUAGAUAUUGUUAAACUUCCUUUUUCUCUCUAUGUAACUAUCAGCUCUUUAUUAACAGAAUUUUACCUUCCUGAAUGAAGUAUAUAUAUUUAUAUACAUAUGUGUAUAAUGCAAAUAAAAAUCAUUCUCAAGUUU